AUGGCCGACGCUCCACCACCUCCUCCACCACCUCAUGGAGCCAACCCAAAGUCAACGUCCAGCGGUCUGCCAGAGGGCAACUAUGACAUCUUCAUCAUUCCGCCUCACAGCUCGGGUUCUGGUUUCCUGUACCUGCCUUCGCUGCAGCCCCAACGCAACUCGUUCAUCGCGGGUUUCGCAUGCGCCGUCUUUUGCUACCUGGUAUGGAUAACGGCCGUGCCAGUCCUAGGCCAAUGGUUGUCCGUCAUUGCUGCGAGUGGAAGUGCCGGUGUGCUUCUGCUCGUCGCUGGCGUAGGCGCCGUUGCAUGGGCCUUUGGAAAGACUCAAGGUGAAAGCAAGCACCAAGGUCCGCACAGCCCACCUCCCUCUGACGGUGCUGGACCACAAGGGAACACAGGCACAGAAGGAGGAAGCAAGCACGGCAAAAGUCACAGUGGUCCUUACAAUGCGUCGCAUUCCUCAGGUGCAGACUACACACAUUCCGCACCACCUCCGCGCACUCCUCGACAAGACNUACCCGACUCCUCCCCCGAGACAGGAAUACAGAUCACCUCCACAGUCAGAGUAUUACUCACAACCACCACCUGGGCACAACGCUCCUCCGCCUCGACCCCAACCCCCACCAGAAUACAAUGCUCCCCUCAACACACCGCUCCGCCGCCUCCCAAUUCUCCUCCGCCCACAACGAGACCCCCUACAAAUCCACAACCAAAAGCGGCUCCUACACCACAGCCCAAAACUGCUCCACCGCCAGCCGCUUCACCAAGGUCUGCAUCAGAUGCUGCAGCAAGCUGGGAAAAGGCCCGUGAAGAAACUCGUAAGAGGGAGGAGGUCAGAAAGAAGGCAGAGGAGCAGAAGAAGGUCCGCGAAGAAGCGCUACGAAAGAAGGAGGAAGCCGAACGACAAGCCAGAGCAGCUGCCGAAAAAGUCAAGUGGGAGCAGGCCAGGGCGCGUGAGAAGGAAGCCCGCGAGCGAGAAGCAAGAGAGCGCGAGCUCAAAGACAAGGACACUAAAGACAAGGAUGUCCGGGAGAAGGAAAAGCGCGAGCGUGAGGCCCGGGAGCGGAUUGCAAGGGACAAGAGGGAAAAGGCUGCCGCUGCAGCAGAAGCAGCAAAGUCACCACCCAAGCCCAUCACACCUGCCGCCAAAAAAUAUGAGCGUCCCAGUGCGCAAAGCUAUGCCAGUACCGAGACCACAAGUGCUUAUGACGCCCGUACGGUCAUGUCUUCCUCGACGGCAUCGUCCUACACAGAAACACUGUCUUCAUACGCACCAUCGACUUCUACCGCACGAACCAGUCCGCCUCCCGAGUAUCGUGGACCAUACAACACAUCUGACCCAGACAAGAUAGUCAUGAAGGCUGUCUACAUGUACAACAAUACUGCACCGAAGAAGCCCAUAAGCCAACUCGUCAGCGGUGAAGCCAAUGUCACCGAUGGCCUCGUCUUGCGAAUGAGCACCGAAGGCCUGUUCAUUGACGAUGACGUACGCCAUGUUCCACAGCGCGAAUGGGACAUCAAAGCCUGGAGCCUCAAGGGCAUCGAGAAGGGAGUUCUGAACCCUCAUUGCAUGUUGCGUGCCACCAUCAGAGACAUUGAAGGCAAAUACUGCAUUUUCGUCAUCCCAUCAGAUCAAGGAUGGAAGAUCGACAACGGAUUGGCUCGUCUGCGCAAAGGUAACUUGGUCCGCAGCAUGGGGAUGGGUAGCAUCAAGGCACCAGAGAUGAAAGGUUUGCUCAGCGACCUUGGUUGGAUCUGA